AUGCAAGACAAGCUGACAGAGGCCGAGCAAGUCGCGAUCAAGUCAGGACUGCAGUUGGUCCCAUCACAGAAACAUUUCAGCAGGCUGAGCAUGAGUAGCAAGCGGGGAAGGAAGAAGAAAAGUUCGUUCGAUGCUGACUUCGACUCCAUGGACAAGCUUGAGCGAGAGGCUCUGCUGGAGUCGGCGCAGCUCUCCUCCAUCAAUCCUUCUCAUCUCCUUCGCGCCAUCCAUGUGCCUGAUGGUGAUCGAGUCAAGGCCGGCAAGGCGCUCAUCAGGAAGUCGAUGGGAGUAGCGAGUCUCCCGGCCUUCCUGCCAGCAGACAAGUGCGCGAGGGUACGAGAGCACAUCGGGAGGACAGUAAAGGGGGACACUAUCGACUCGGUCGAUCACUGCCCUGAGUUUCAAGUCUCCCUCUCUAGAGAACAGCUCUCCUCCCUCCUCGAACCGCAUGUCGUAGCUGCUCUCUGGGCUCUACCCACAGUCUUCCUGGAAGAACAAGCCUCUGCUGCUGCGCUGGCAGAAGCUGUCUCGAGAUUGACCGAGCGUGAGCUGGAGGAGCGGGGAUGGAAGGGGAGGGUUGGGAUCUUCGGGAGGAAGUACGAGGAUGGAGGACGGACGCACCUCGGCUUCCACAUUGACACCAAUCGAGUGACCAUCAACAUCAGCCUCUCACCCCAGUCCUCCCACCUAGGAGGAAACCUGCUCUUCCUGUCCGGCCAGGCUCUUCAGCUAGUGCGGCGCGAUGAGGGGGAGCUUUCGAUUCACAGGGGAGAUGUUGCGCACGCUGUGACCAAGAUGCAAGAAGGCGUUCGUUACUCUGUGAUCCUUUUCUUCCAUUGA